AUGAUCAAGCAGUACUUUGCCGAGGUUCAUCUUUUGACCAAAGAUGUAUACAUCUGGUGGUUUCGCCAUAAUAUCUGGGUCAUCAUACCUGAGGACAGCAGAAUGGGAUAUGCCAUGACAGUCCAUACCGAUCUCGUCCGGGAGUGCGCCAAAAUGUCACGGGUGUCCUGUCAGAUCCUGAAUGGCUGGGACCGAGACCGAGAAAGUUGGUGGACCGGGCACACCAUUGACUACAUGGAAGCUCGCGUACGAGAAGCCACACGCUCGGUGGAACAAGAAGAUCAAGCAAUGGACGGGGUCUCGAGCGACACCUUGAGUGUCGGCAAUACAAGCGGCGUCUCCCCAAGUAAUGAUCCCUCGAGUAGUUACGCUACGUCAGGAUAA